AUGAUCAAAUUCGGUUUAAAAGGAAAGAAAAAUCCCGGACGAGAGCACUAUUUCUUACGAACCCCCACCUCUCCUUUCUCGAACCUUAUCGAUAGCGAAGGGUAUCCUUUUGAGAUCUUUUGUUACUUCCUCUCUUUCUCUUUUCGUCGUCUAGGGACUUGGCUGACGAUUAAGCAAAAAUUCGUUCCCUCUCUCUUUCGUCUUGGUAUAACAGCAUUCUCGCUCGAGAUGGUCUGUUCUUUCUUUUUUUUCUUUCUUUCUUUUCCCUCUCGUGCUUUGUUUAAGGGCUUGGUGACAGUUGAAACUGCUUUCUUUCUCCUCGAUAGAGCGGCGUUCCGCAUGCGUCGUCAAACGGGUCCAUCCAUUCCACCCGGAGACCAAUUCUUCUCGCAAUUUCGCGAACACAUCUUUUCGGCCCAUAUGCCGAGACAUUCGCCAGACGUCCUACCGGUCCACAGGCCUAGGACAAGACUAAAUUUCCGUUUCACUAUUCGUUUCCUUUUUCUUCUUGUCACGUGGUCAAUUUUCAAAAUACUAACUUUUUCCCAUUAUGGGUGGAAUGAGGUCAUCGACCCUCUCUCUCAUCUUCAGGGUCAGAGAAAGUUUAGUUUAAAGUGUUUCAACUCCUCCCAACCGGAAUAUAUCCGUGUAAAUCAUCCUGUUAACACCUUGACCAAAAGAGAAGGAAAGGGUACACUCUGGUCAAUCCUUGUCGCCACUAAGUCUACCUAUCUCUUUGGGUUUACUAUCUUUACAUUUUCUGCAAGUACUGGGCUCUUUAUUUUAGAAUGCUUCUAA